ACACGACCCGGUGAGAAUAGCAUAGAACACGUUAUAAAACAUAACCUUGGUCACCGUUCUCCAUUCGUGUAUUGAUACGGUAUUGAAAAGGCAAUAAAAUAACUCCCCUAGAUUAAUCAGUAAAUGCAGACUUAGUCGUACAAAGUAAAGAAAAUCAUCUGGGAUAGAACUGUGAUGUAGUGAGUACUUAAAGUUGAUAAAAUUGAUAAAAUUAUAUAAAAAGAAUUAUGUCAGGACGGGAAGACAAUAAACGUGUCGGUAGCGGUAACCGUGAUGGAAAUAAUUCUGUCAGUGGAGGAAGAAGUGGUUAUUUCAGGGGCGAUGAUCGUUAUGCCAAUGGAAGUGGGAAUCGCUCUUUUUCCAGGGGUGGAUAUUACGGAGGUGGUGGCGAUGGUUGGGGUCGACGUGGAGGUGGAGGGCAUCGUGGGUAUCGGGGUGGAGGAUUUCGGGGAGGAAACCAGAACAGAAGAGGAGGAUACAAAAGAAACCAAAGAAAUGAAGACAAUGAUGGGAAAAGAGCUAAAAUGGAAGUUGGAAAUCGGCUGAAAGAAGUUGAUACAGGAGUAACAGAAUUUGUCGGAGACCACAAAGGAUUCUCUGGUAUUGUUAAGGAAAGAUAUGCCGAUUUUCAUGUCAAUGAAAUAACUUUGGAUGGUAAAAUUGCCAAGCUCACAAACCAAACCAUACCUCCAGAACCAGUAGAGCUUGAAAACAUGGAAGAUCUGAAGAAAGGAAUUCCCUCAACUGUCUGGGAACAGUUGGAAACCCUGAUCGAAACCGACAGUUCGGUUUCCUCGGUGGAAAUCGAUGUCACAAAUAUGAGUAAAGACGAGCGACGAGCAAUUCAUACUCUGGCUAAGAAGAUACCGAAUACUAUUAGUCAGACUGCUGAACGUGGAGAAACAAAAGUCAUUGUAGUUGCUAAAGCUAAUAAACGGAAGCUUAGUGGACUCGAGUUUCGCCGAGAUCAGAGAGUCGAUUGGAGCCGUCGUGGUGGAGAUUAUUGUCAUUUCCUGUUACAUAAAGUAAAUUUGGAUACCAUGGAUGCUCUGAAUCAACUGGCAAUAAGCCUAAGGGUGAAACCUAACAUGUUCAAUUAUGCAGGGACCAAAGAUCGGAGGGCUAGAACCACACAGUGGGUUAGUUUGAAGAAGAUUAAUCCUGUUGAUAUUGCUGCAGCGGGUAGAUCAGUCAGAGGUGCUUUUGUUGGGAAUUUCAAGUUCUCUGAUGAGCCACUCAAACUUGGAAUGCUAAGCGGAAACCGAUUUAGGAUUGCAUUGAGAAGCGUCACUGGAUCUGAUGAAGAAAUUGAAAAAGCUAUGACCACACUAAGGGACAAUGGGUUUAUAAACUAUUACGGUCUCCAAAGGUUUGGAACAGUAGCUGUCAUUCCAACACAUGAAAUUGGUAAAACUCUACUGCAGGGCAAAUGGGAUGAAGCGAUCAAUUUGAUUCUAAAACCUCGACCUGGUGAACAGCAAAAAGAUCUUUUUGAGGCUAGAAAGAUUUACCAAACAACUAAAGACGCUCAUGCCGCAUACCAACGUAUCGGCAGACCCGAUAAAAUUGAGGCAAAACUUCUCUGGGGUCUCCAUGUUUGUGGAGAACACAAUCCUCAGGGAGCCUUAGACUCGGUUCCUAGAAACACCAGUCUGAUGUAUAUUCAUGCCUACCAAAGUUUAAUUUGGAAUAUGAUGGUUUCUAAAAGAAUCAGAGAAUUGGGCCGAAAACCUGUAGUCGGUGAUCUGGUUUAUGAGAAUCCAAAUAGCACAGGAGAUACCGAAAGAUUAGAAUAUGGUCAGGAUAAUGAAGAAGAUAACGCAAAUAUCAAGAAGGAUGUGAUCCCAAAUGAAGCUGCAGGUCUCAAAGACGAUGGUGAAUUAGUAGACAAGAAACAAGUGAUAAUAACAGAAAAUAAAGAAAUUGAAAAUGACAAAGAAAAGCAAACCAAAACUGCGGCCGAAGAUGCACAAAUGGAAACGGAGAUUGCCAAUGAUGUACAAAUACUAAAUGCUGUGGCAGAAGUAGAUAUUGAACCUGCAGUCAUUGAUAACGAGAACAACAUUAAUGCUGUCAAAAUAGAAACCAUUGCCAAAGAACUUACAAACAAUGUAAAGAAAGAUCAAAACACAGCAGCGCUAGACAAAGAAGAUUUACGCAGUCUUCCACCUGUAAGAAUUCUGACAGAAGAAGACUUGCCUAAUUAUACAAUUGCUGAUGUUAUUAUGCCGCAACCUGGAUGGAGGGUCACUUACCCGACGUAUGCCAAGCCGUGGUUUGAAGAGAUCCUUGCCAAGGAUGGCUUAACAACAGAUCUCAGACAAAAAAACCGAAAAUACAGUUUGGGGGGAGCUUACCGAAAAAUGUUGGAAAUCCCAUCCGAUAUGACCUGGCGAGUUAUGCACUACAAUGAUAGAAACGACGAGCUGAUCCUUUGUGAUCUUGAUGAAAUGAGAGGCCUUCCACAACCAAAAGAUGACCCAGAGGGCAAGUACAAGGCAAUCAUUAUUGAGAUGUCACUAAAAUCAAGUACGUACGCAACAAUGGCGUUGCGUGAGAUCUUGAAAUGUGACACAUCGCCGCAAACGCAGGCUGCUCAAUCUGCUGCAAACAAGGCUCAAGAGGAAGAGGAAAAGAGAACAGAGUUAGAGGAUGAAGAGAAAGACAUACCUGAAGAAACUAAAGAUAUAAAAGAUGAAGUAGCUAACUUUGAGAGUAAUGAAACAGAGAUGAAUAAAAUCCGUGUGGUUGAACCUAUUAACGCAGAAGAAGUUGAAGAUAAUGUAGCGGCGGCGAAGACAAAACCGGCAAUCGAUGUCGUCAAACCUGAACAAGUUACCGCGACUACAGCUGAAGAACAAAAAAAUGGAACAGAAACAGAAGAAAUGGAUACUACCGAAGACGGCGAAAACAACGAUACAAUCAAAGAAAAAGACCCAAUAAUCUCUGAUCUCACUGUAUGUACAACUAAGUCUUAAUAAACUUGUAAAAAUCUUGUAA